AUGGCAAAUAAAGUAAAUAAGAAAAGUAAAGAAAAAAAUGAAAUAGUUAUAUCAAUACCAAUAAAAAAAGGUGAACCACUUGGUGUUACACCUAAUGAACAAUUAAUUAUUGUUCAAAUUCAAUCUGGAACAAAAAGUGAAGAAAAUUUACAUAUUGGUGAUCAAAUAAUUGCUUUAAAUGGUAUUAAAUUAAAAAAUCAAAAUCAUUUAAAAUAUUUGUUAUCUUUAGCUUCACCAAUAGCUAAUAUUACUGUUAUAAGAGAUGAUAAAAAAUCUAAAAAUAUGGAAAGUAACUUAUCAAUUCCAUUGGAUAGAAGGUGUAAUAUAACAAGAAGAGAUGGAUAUAAAUAUGAAUUAAUUACUAUUAAUUUAAUUAAAGAUAAAAAACUUGGUCUUCGUAUUCGCCAUUUUCAAAACCGUGUUUUAGUUUCUAGUGUUGAACCUUUAUCUAUUUGUAGCGCACAUUUAAAAACUGGUGACCAUAUAUGUGAUAUUGAUGGAUUACGAGUAACAGAUAAGAAUGUUUGUAAAAAACUUCUUACUUCUUUACUUAAAACAAAUAAAAAAGUUUCAUUAGUUAUUGAAAGACCAGAUACUCCUGAAACUAUACAAUGGGCAAAUAAAGUACUGGAAGCUCCAGAACUUCAACAACCAUCUGUUAAAAUGAGUGAAGAUGUUGUAAAAAUUGCUAUGAGAGAACGUUCAAGACUUAAAAGUUAUGGCCCACCAGAAAAAUCUUUACUAAGACGUGAUAAUUACCUUAUCGACAAAACCGUUACCUUUGAAGAAAAUAUUUAUGAAUAUAAAAUUACAUCUGACUAUGAUGGAAAAAAACUUCGUUCAGUUCGCAAAGAAUAA